CGAUGCCUUCAGUGCGAAAGUGUCGAUCAGAUCAGAUUCGUUUGCGACAUGGCGGACUGGCGGCUGUUGCCGGGAUUAGUUUUAUCCUUGGUAUUUUGGGUGGGAGCUGAAGAUUGCUCCAAACUUUGCCAGGAAGCUCCGGCGGUGGAAACGGAGGAUGGCUGUCUUUGCGGAAAAAUGAUGCCGGGACUGGAUGGCCCGGAGUUUGAUGCGUUUCUGGGGGUUCCUUACGCGAAACCUCCCGUUGGAAAGCUGAGGUUUGCUAAUCCAGUUCCGAGUGAUCCCUUCGAAGGGUUCUACAACGCGAGCUAUAGCAGAAGUGAAUGUAUUCAGAAGAACGAGUUGGUACCAAUGAAGGAUCACGUAUCGGGUGAUGAAGAUUGUCUGUAUCUGAAUGUUUAUCGACCAUUGGAAAGAAACUCGCUCCUUCCGGUGAUGGUUUAUAUCCAUGGAGGUGGAUUCAUCUCUGGGAAUGCUCAUCCGCAGAUGGUAGGACCUGAGAAGUUUAUGGACACUGGUAAGGUGCUGAUGGUGACCGUACAGUAUCGAUUGGGUGCUUUUGGAUUCUUCUCUACUGGGGACAAAUACGCUCCAGGAAAUUUCGGCCUCAAGGAUCAAUCCCUCGCCUUGAGAUGGGUUCAAAAUAACAUCGAACGCUUCGGUGGUGAUCCGGAAAAGGUGACAAUCUUCGGAACAAGUGCUGGAGCAAGUUCAGUGCAACUUCAUAUGAUGAGUCCACUUAGUAGAGGACUUUUCUCCAGAGCUAUUCUGUCCAGUGGAAGUGCCCUCGCCCAUUGGAGUCGUCCUUUUGAGAAACAACUCUUCAUGGCAAGGGAUUUAGCCGAAGCUGCCGGAUUCCGAAGCAAGCAGCAACUAACCUCAAAGCAGAUCGUCGAAUCCCUAAGGAAGGUUAAGGCCGCUGAUUUGAUUGAAACUAUGGAAAGCUUGAAGUAUUGGGACAUCAAACCAACGAUUCUUUUCCGACCGGUUGUCGAGGAACAUUGGGACGAAGAAACGUUUAUGAAAGAAGACCCCAGAAAACUUUGGGCCGAUGGAUUCUACGAGAAGGUCCCUUGGAUGACAGGGUUCCUACCCAAUGAGGGUGCCGUAUUCUCUGUACCAAUUUUGAGCAACAUAACCCGGAUGAAGCAGUUCAUCGAGAAUGAAAAGUCUUUUAUCCCACUGUUGAGUGGAACUCCUAGAACUUCAACGAAUACUAUCAAUCGAAGAUUCUUCAAUGGUGAACCUAUGAACAAGCGUAAUGCUGAUGGGUUAUCAAAGCUCGUAUCGGAAUCGGCCUUCCUAUAUCCGAUGAUUCGGAGCGUGCGGCAACACGUGGACAACGGAUUCCUGUCGGAUGCACCGGUAACGGUGUUCUACUUCAACUUCCGUGGUCGAUACCACAUGGCACCACUAUUUGCGGGGGCGCUUCCCUUCAAGGACUACGGUAUCUGCCACGGGGAGGAGCUACCGUAUCUGUUCCGGAUGAGCGAAGCUUUCCCGGAUGCGGACCUGGACUCGCCGGAGAUGGCCAUGUCUCGGGAGCUGAUCAACGUAUUUGUUGGUUUUGCCUAUGAAGGAACCCUAACGCCGGACUUCCGGCGGUGUCAUCGAUGUGAUCUCAGCAAAAAGGUUGGCUUCGUGGAGUUUACCAACUCCCAGGAUGGGUCGCCGAGGGUUAGCUAUCUGGGGCCGGAGAAUGUGCACAUGAAGCGGCUGAACGAAAUCUACGACUGGUGGUCCGCGAUGGAUAUUUGAAGGAACUUAGGAGGAUUAGUUAAGAAUGUAAUGUGUGAAUGCAGUUGAUUUCUUAUUUAAUGUGUGAUCGUAACAUGUUUACCU